GAGCUUAGUUUCAAAAUGACACGACGAAAGUCAUUUAGACAAUCCGUUUAAAUAAAACAUGUCUAAGUCGAAUUUAUUAUCGCCUGAUAUUUCAAAACUAUCUGUAGAUCAAGUUACUAAACUUUUAGCAGAUAUCGACACUAUAAUAUUUGACUGCGACGGAGUUUUAUGGAUAGAAAAUAAACCCAUACCAGGAUCCGUAGAGGCGUUCAAUAAAUUACAAUCCAUAGGAAAAAGAGUAGUGCUGCUAACAAACAAUUCAGUAAAAUUAAGACAGGAAUUUCUUGAAAAAGCCAAAAAAAUGGGCUACGAUAUUGGAAUGCGAGAUAUCAUAUCAUCGGCAUACUUGGUUGCGUUGUAUUUGAAAAAUCGAAAUUUUGAUAAAAAAGCUUAUGUGAUCGGUUCUAAAGGGAUCAUAAACGAAUUAGAGCUUGCUGGAAUUCGUUGUUUGGGGUAUGGACCGGAUCCCUUGCAGCACAGCUUAACGCAAACUAUAGAACACUUUGUUCCAGAUCCCCGUGUCGGUGCAGUUAUAGUGGGAUUCGAUGAGCAUUUCUGUUAUACUAAACUUUUAAAAGCUGCCUCUUACCUGAAUAAUCCCUCUUGCAUAUUCUUAUCGACUAAUACUGACGAGAGUUUUAAGAUUCAUCAGUCGUUAAUAAUGCCAGGUACUGGAAGUAUAUUAAGAGCAGUUGAAGCUGUAGCUAAUCGAGAAGCUGUAAUCGUAGGUAAACCAUAUUCCUUCUUAGGAGAAGCGCUAAAGAAGCAAUUUAAUAUAGAUCCAAACCGCACAAUGCUUGUGGGAGAUAGAUGCAAUACAGAUGUUCAAUUAGGCAAGAAUUGUAGAUUUCAGACAUUGUUAGUAAUGUCAGGUGCCCCUAAUUAUUUAUCAGAAAAAACGCAGCCAUUGGACCCGACUGAUAUCCCAAAUUAUUCCAUUGAACAGUUAGGGAACCUGUUACCUUUUCUUCCUUCUACAUCAAAAUAAAACUCAAUUAUUCUGAAAUGGACUUACGUACUCGAAAAAUAUUUUCAUUUUAGUUUCAUGUUAUUUAGUAUCUUAAGUUAUUAAUAAAGCAUACUUUUUUAAGGGGAAGUUCUAUAGGUGGUAAAAAUAGGAAAAAUAGGGCUUGUAUGGGAGGGAAAUAAUCAUAAAACCA